AUGGGGCUUAUCCUUAUGUGGUACAUUGAGCCUCAUACAAGCCAAAUAAGAGUGAAAGGAUUUCAUGAUCACGAAUAUUGUAUUCAUGUCAGCAUUAUGGACACAAUAUUGGUGUUUAGUUUACUGUUUAUUUACUACAGCGUCAGCCCAAAAGACCUCAGAGAUUAUGACUGUCGUGUGGAAAAUUCUUCAGAAGUACUAUCUGAAAGCACAAGAAGCAUGAACAUCUUACUGCAAGAGUCUGAAAAAGCAGUGGCAAAAGGGGAGCUAAACAGAAACCAUACAGUCGCCACUUUGCAAUGCUCUGGUCUGCACAGCCCCAUACAAGUAAAUCUCCUCUACUCAGAGAAGAUGUACAGUGUUUUCACAAACAAGCCAAUCAUUACAUACACCCUCCAAAGCCUGAAAGACAUCACUGAUCCAGAUGAGAGUGCUUCUACUGCCCACAGCUGUCUCUUACUAGCAGAUCAUAAACAAAGUUUUCAGACUGAAUUUAACCUUACAGGCAAAGUGUUUCUGGUGGGGAUAUCAGAUUGCAUUAUUAACGCAAAGCUGUCUGAGCCGGAAAUUUUUGCAGAGCAACUGCACGCCACAGCUGUACACCAACAAAACAGCAACUCAGGUAUAAGUGAAGACAUGCUGCUCAGACUAAGACACAGACAAAGCAUCUAUGCCAAAGCAGUAAUCGUAUGUGUCCUGCUACCCUGUGCACUAGCCUUCAUUGUGUUUGUUAUAUUUGAAGUUCCCUUCCCAUGCCCAUGCCCUAGCUGGAGCCAGCUAUGCAACUGUAUUCAGAAAUGUAAAAGACAAGGAGAAGAACGCAUGGAAAACCCAAAUUCUGUAUCAGCCGAAGGAUCUGCCAUGGUAGGUCACAAAACCACACAAAGAGGAGCUUCUUAUCAAGCACCUUGGACCAAAGCAGCCAAGAUCAUUGCCAUUCAUGAGACUUAGUUCUGAAAAACUGCAAGCUGCAGGAGAAAACACAAUUUUCUGUUUUAUCCAAGCACAGGUUUUUGCUUUAUCUAGAAGUCUGCAUUAUUUUUCUCCUCACUUCUUAUUGUUCAGAGAAGCAAGAACAUCAGCAUUUUACACGAUACAGUCAAGCAAUUACAGAUUACAAUGAACGGUUACAUCUGAGUGACAUUAGCCUGUUUUAGGGGCUCUCCUUACGGAACUAACCCCUCGGAACACAUCUUGGUGUUGACUCCCUCCAUGAACUACCUGGAAUCACAUUUUAACUUCAGCAGUAGACUAUGGCCAUUAGGAGCAAAGGGGAUAAUGGAAAAACCUACUUACAGAAGCAAUAAAAGUCUUACCAGACAUUGCAAA